AUGAAUGUGGAAGGAAGAUAUCUUUUCCACAAGAACCAAAACAAAGGGUCAUCGUCGUCAACAGACGUGGGUGAUGAAAUGAACUCUGUUUCAUCAUGUGUUUUUGACGUGAAGAAUUAUGGUGCCAUUGGAAAUGGUUCCACAGAUGACACCCCUGCUUUCGUUGAUGCGUGGAAGGCAGCUUGUGCAGUAGAAUCUGCUACUCUUUUAGUACCCUUCGGUUUCACUUUCAUGAUAACUUCCACACUAUUCUCUGGACCUUGCAAACCAGGCCUUGUGUUUCAAGUAGAUGGGAUCCUAACACCAGCUGUUGGACCAGAUAACUGGCCAAAGAAAGAUAGCAGAAGACAAUGGCUUGUGUUCUAUGAACUUGAUAACAUGAGUUUGACUGGAACUGGUACCAUUGAUGGCAAUGGCCAACAAUGGUGGGACCUCCCCUGCAAACCUCAUCGGGGUUCUGGUGGAAAAACAUUCCCUGGACCAUGUGAUAGCCCUACAUUAAUUCGGUUCUUUAUGAGCUCAAAUUUGCGUUUGAGUGGACUACGAAUACAAAAUAGUCCAAUGUUCCAUGUGAAGUUUGAUGGAUGUGAAGGGGUAAUGAUAGAUAAAGUGUUCAUUUCUUCUCCUAAGCUUAGUCCAAACACCGAUGGGAUCCAUAUCCAGAACACAAAGUCUGUUGGCAUUUACAACUCAACGAUAGGCAAUGGGGAUGAUUGCAUUUCAAUAGGACCGGGUUGUGUGAAUGUUGAUAUAGACGGUGUUAUCUGUGGACCUAGCCAUGGGAUCAGUAUUGGGAGCCUCGGUGUUCGCAACUCUCAGGCAUGUGUGUCCAACAUAACAGUACGCAACGUGGUAAUACGCGAUUCCGACAACGGAGUUAGAAUCAAGACAUGGCAAGGUGGGGCCGGAUCUGUAACAGGGAUAGCUUUCGAGAACAUUCAGAUGGAGAAUGUGAGGAAUUGCGCCAUUAUAGACCAGUACUACUGUACAAACAAGAAAUGUGUUAACCAAACGUCAGCUGUGUAUGUUAGAGACAUAUCUUUCAGAAACAUAAAGGGGACAUACGAUGUGAGAAGCCCUCCGAUUCAUUUUGCUUGCAGUGACAGUGUUGCUUGUGCCAAUAUAACAAUGUCGGAUGUGGAGUUGUUUCCGUUUGCAGGGGAAUUGAUUGAUGAUCCAUUUUGUUGGAAUGCUUAUGGGGUACAGGAGACUCUGACAAUCCCUCCGAUUAAUUGUUUACUGGAUGAAAGUUACGAGAAACUAUCCUCCUUGGCGGUGUUUAAUUACACCGUUUGGUUGAUUCCCAUGUUUGAAACAGAUUGCAUCUUGAUCAUGUGGGGUUGA